CAGGUAGCCUUCUUGCAGAUGAGAUAACGCCAAGGCAUAAAUAGCCCUUAAACUCCUGUCCAUUAGUACAGUGCCACACUAUUCUUGGAAUCAAGUUUCAUUCUACAACACUAAACAAUGGCUGCCCUGAAGUCUCAGUCGGGGUUUUCUAUUCGUGUGACAUUCUUGUUGAUAAUUCUGGUAGUCUUACCGUUUCCUUCUCACUCAGCUGAUCCUGAUCCACUGCAGGAUUUCUGUGUUGGAAUUCUGAACAGCACAUCAACAUCUCUAAACGGUUUUCCUUGCAAGCCUGCUUCCCAAGUUACUUCGGAUGACUUCUUCUUUGAUGGUCUAAGCAAAGAGGGAAACACAGACAAUGUAUUUGGAUUCAAUGUGACCCCAGGAAAUGUUCUUUCUUUCCCAGGCUUGAACACGUUAGGUCUCUCAAUGAAUCGAGUAGACUAUGCCCCGGGAGGGAUGAAUCCACCCCAUUCACACCCUCGUGCAACUGAGUCCGGGGUUGUCAUCAAGGGGAAACUCUUUGUUGGGUUCGUGACAACGGACAACAUGUUCUAUUCCAAAGUUUUGACUGCAGGACAGAUGUUUGUGGUACCCCGAGGACUAGUGCAUUUCCAAAUGAAUGUUGGGAAGGGGAAGGCAUUGACCUUCACAGCUUUUAACAGUCAUUUGCCAGGCACAGUCGUCGUUCCAACUACACUAUUUGCUUCCAAACCUCCCAUUCCUAAUGAUGUGUUGACUAAGACCUUCCAAGUUGAAACAAGUGUCAUUGAUGGCAUCAAGGCCAAAUUUGGUGCUUAAAACUCCAUUGUCUCAGGAGUAAAAGCUAUAACAGCUGAAUAACAGAAUGGAAAAGAAAAGCGUAAAAUAUUAACUUUUGCUCUCAAGUAUUAGCUGUGUAUUUGUCCCUCAUACAUCUCCAGGUAUGUAUUGUGUAAUCAUCAAUAAUGCAGAAAGCAACAAGAAUUUUUACUUCUUCGUACGGACGUGUACAUAUGGGUACUCAAAUGAUUUCUUUGCAGUUACUCAUACAAAUAAGAGUCAUGCUGUUUUUCACCAUAUCUUUGACGUAUACAGUGUGUUAUUCGCUA